AUUUUUUUUUUCAGAAAAUAUACUCAACCUACUCAAUUUUCAAAGUCUCCCUCAAUUCCACUAAUCCUCCUCCAUUCAUUGCUGACAAAACUUGUAAAAACAAUUAAUAAUCAUGGGGUCAAUUCCACAACUAUCCAUCAUCAAAGGUCCACAAAAGGAUUUUUCCUCCCGAAAUAUCCAUCGAAUCUUUGAAGAAAACCUCCUCCAGUAUCCUUGCAAAUCAGCACUCCUAUACAACGAUGAACUCCCAUCGGGUGUCAUUUCCCGUGCACUAACCUACCAGCAAGUCAAUGACAAAUCAAAUCAAUUUGGUAGAUUUUUCCUCCGAGAGUCUCUAAAACGUUCAAUGAAACCCAAUCAGGAUGGUGACUAUGUAAUUGCUGUUUGUAUGCAACCAUCAGAUACUCUCGUCAUGGUGCUUCUAGCUACAUGGAAAGCUGGUGCAGCUUAUCUACCAAUCGAUCCAAGUUUCCCUGCCAAUCGCAUUGAGCACAUUUUAAAUGAAGCCAGUCCAAUAAUGGUCAUUUGUGAUAAUGACAUAGAUCGCAAACUCUUCGGUUCGACGUGUACUUUGAGUGUCAAUGAAUUGUAUCAAAAGUCGCAUGAAAUGCAAACUAAUAAUAUUCCCGAUAGCAAAAUGUUAAAUAUUGCAAAAGAUCUUGCAAUCAUAUUGUACACCUCGGGAAGUACAGGAAUUCCAAAAGGUGUCCGAUUGCCUCAUUCCAUUAUAUUAAACCGUCUACAAUGGCAAUGGGACUCAUUUCCGUACACUUCUGACGAAUCUAUUGGAGUAUUCAAGACAGCCUUGACUUUUGUCGAUUCAAUUUCAGAGCUUUGGGGUCCACUAUUAAACGGUAUGGCAAUUCUGGUUAUUCCAAAAGCUAUUACAAAAGAUCCCGAGAGACUGGUUACAGUCUUGGAUCAAUACAAGAUACGUCGCUUGGUGCUGGUGCCAACAUUGUUGCGCAACAUUCUCAUGUACCUACAAAUGAGUGGCAAAUCGAAUAGGAAACUGCUGCAUAGCCUUCAAAUUUGGGUGUGUUCCGGAGAACCGUUGCCAGUGCAAUUAGCCGAAAGCUUCUAUGAUUACUUCCAAGAGGGUGUCCAUGCUUUGUAUAAUUUUUAUGGUUCCACUGAGGUUAUGGGCGAUGUAACAUACUUUGCCUGCGAGAGUAAGAAACAAUUGAGUCAACUAGAUCGCAUUCCGAUAGGGCUUCCAAUCGACAAUACUGUGAUAUAUUUGCUUGAUCACGACUACAGACCGGUGAAGCAUGGACAAAUUGGAGAGAUCUUUGUGGCUGGAUUGAAUCUUGCAAGUGGCUAUGUUAACGGUCGUGAUCCUGAUCGUUUCUUUGAGAAUCCACUUGCUGUGGAAUAUAAAUACUCCCGUCUUUAUCGAACUGGAGACUAUGGAUCCCUUCAAGAAGGCUACAUUAUUUAUGAAGGUCGUACCGAUUCACAGAUCAAAAUCCGUGGUCAUCGAGUUGAUCUGUCGGAAGUUGAGCGAAACGUACUAUCAAUCGAUGUUGUUGACAAAGCUAUUGUGCUUUGCUAUCAUGUAGAUCAGCUUGAUCAAGCUCUAUUAGCUUUUGUCAAACUUCGUGAUGAUUCUCCCCUCUUUACUGGACUUCAAAUAGAAGCUGCAUUGAAAAAUAAACUGGCCGAUUAUAUGAUUCCACAAGUUGUGAUCAUUGAUCGUGUUCCUUUACUGGUCAAUGGAAAGAUCGAUCGACAAGCACUUUUAAAGACUUACGAAAGUGCCAAUAACAAUGAAGACGACACUGUUAUAAUACUAGAUUUUGAUUUUUCACAAGUUCCUGCAGAUUUAAAACUCAUUGCAAGAGAUUUGUUUGAGACUGUGGGAAGUGUUAUUGGACGUUCUACUCGAGCAACUUUAACACCGAAUAGUAAUUUCUAUGAAUUGGGUGGUAAUUCAUUGAAUUCAAUAUUUACUGUAACUUUGUUGCGUGAAAAAGGAUAUUCUAUUGGUAUUUCGGAUUUUAUAAGGGCAAAAAAUUUGGGAGAUAUUUUAUAUAAAAUGGCUAAAAAUGAUAAUUCGGUACCGAUGGAAGAGGAAUGGACUAGUGCUUGUCCACAUUUGAAUAUGAAAGCGUUUCAAUUAACUUUAGGGGAUAAGGAUGAUGUUAUUGAAAUAAUUGUAGAAAGUUUUUAUGGAAAAGCAGAUUUGGAACAGUGGUUGAAACCUGAUAUUUUGAGGACUGACUACAGUGAUGUUUUAAAUGAAAUAUGGGAAAUUCUCGUUCAAAAGGACUUAAGCUUCAUUGUUAAAGACAUCAACACAAACAGAGUAAUUGGAACGGCUUUGAACUUUGAUGCUAACGAUGAACCAGCUGUUGAAACUAACUCUCGUCUUUCCAUAGUAUUUGAUUUCCUAGAAACUCUAGAAGGUUCAAUUAGAGACGCAUACCUGCCAAAAGGACUAAACGCAAUUUUCCAUUCAUUCAUGAUGGGAACCAGUCCCGACUUAAAUCCACAGGAGAACAUUGCCUGCAUGCACUUUAUGGAACAUGAAGUUUUAAAAUUAGCUAAAGCUCGAAAUUUUGUUGGUAUUUUAACAACGAAUUCCAGUCCUCUUACACAGCAACUUGGAUCAGAUGUCUUCAAAUACAAAACGCUUCUGGAUUACCAAGUGAAUAAAUAUGUACACACAGAUGGAACGAGACCAUUUAGCAGAGCUCCAGAUUCACAACGUUGCAUUGUACAUUGGAAAGAAGUCGAUUAUUCGUCUUAGAUGUUUCUCAAACUUAUGUAUUUGUUAUUAUUCUGUCGAUAUAAAUUUAAAUUUAGGAUUUUUUUUUUUCAUUUUAAUUUUUGUUGAUAAUUAUACAUUUUAAGACCAUUUAGUUUUUUUUUCUCUCAUUUAAAAUAAAUUCUCGGAUAUUUAUUCCGACUUCUUAAAUCCUUUAGCAUCAAUUUGUUUAUUAUUUUUGUAGAAAUUUCAUUUAUUGUUUACAUAUGUAAAUAUGUUUAUAUUUCUAAUUUUACUAAUAAGAAACAUGUUU